UCGCAAGUCCCUGCUGCAGGUGUCCCGUGCUCUGUUCCCGCUGCUGCUGCACCCUAGUGCUUCUCAGACAAAUGGCUCGCCUCACUUUCGCCCUGGUCCUGGUGUUUUUGGCCAUCUUCUCCCGGUGCGGAUCCUCCGGAGCCCUGGCCAUGCCCGAUGAGGAGCGGUAUGUGCGCAAGGAGUAUAGCCGCGACCUGCUGGACUGGUUUAACACUAUAGGACAGUUCACGCCUGGACAAUUGGCCACAAUCUGUCGGUAUCCGCUGAUCCUGGAGAACUCCUUGGGCGAACCGAUACCAAUCAGAAAGCGCAACUCGGAGCUCAUCAACUCGCUGCUGAGUCUCCCCAAGAACAUGAACGAUGCUGGCAAGUAGACAGGCUGGAUAAGGAAUAAUGGAUUCGAUGACUGAAGUGGAAUGGAGUUAGCUUUGGACCCCUGGAACCCGGAUUAUUAUUAUUAUUAUUUAUUGUUACACGUUUUGUUGGUGCGUUGAGGAAUGAGAUUGAGAAUGAGAAAUCCAUAGGAAUGAGCAGUUGGUAUAGCCAUGUAAUUGAGAGCAAAGACAGUAUGAAUUUGUUGCUUUAAAAGUUCUAUAAAAAAUAUACAAAUAGCAAAUCUA